UCUCAGGGGUGUUGUCUGUCACUUUGGAGUAGCAUGGAGACAUCAGUAGAAAGAGGAGAGGAUCACAUCAGCUCGUUCUACCAGAGUAACCCACUGCUUGACUUGGACAUGAAACUGAGCAGGACGGACAUGUACACCUUCCAGAGCAGUGAUCUAAAACCAGCCAAGGCCAGAGGAGCACAGCGAUGUCUGAAUGUUUUUGUCGUUUACCUCGUCCUUCUGACUGCACUGAAUAUCUUCCUCCUUUACAAAGUCUUUUCGAUGGAGUCUAGUUGUUUCUCCUCCUCUGGCUCCAGGACAACGAUGCUGACCGACAUCCACAUCCCCCUGGGGAUGAACCAGGAGGAGGACCUCCGUACACUGGCCAGAAACACCAGCCUGGAGUCCAACUCUCUCAGAGGAGACCUGGGGAGGUUACAGACCCAGGUCAGCAGCCUAUGUGGGGAGGAUGGACAGCUGGGCCAGCUGAGGACAGACCUGGGUGUGGUCAAUGCCAGCACCACUCUCCUUCAGGACACAGUGAAAACACUCAGAUUCCUCAAAGCUUCACCAGGCCCACAGGGACCUAUUGGUCCACCUGGUGCGAGGGGGGCAACUGGUGUGAGGGGGGAGAAGGGAGACACAGGUGAGACAGGACAAAAAGGAGACCCUGGAGUUGAUGGCCAGACUGGUGCCAAGGGAAAUCCAGGGGAACCAGGACCCAAAGGUGAAGAUGGUGCCACUGGACCACAAGGACCAGCUGGUGCACCCGACAGUGCAGCCACUAAUUGUUCAGGACCCCCUGGGCUGCCAGGACCACAGGGACCAAAAGGGGAUAUGGGACACAUUGGUUUACCAGGGAUAUCAGGCCAGAAUGGAACCAAAGGGGACACUGGAGUUCAGGGGCGUGAUGGAGUAAAAGGGGCCCGUGGUCUGAAGGGUGACACAGGGCCGACAGGAGAGCCUGGACCCAUAGGACCUGAAGGACCAAGAGGACCUGCUGGUGUUAAUGGAACAAGAGGACUUGCUGGUCUUCCAGGGUUGCAGGGAAGUCCUGGAAGUCAAGGUCCACGUGGAGAAAAGGGUGAAAGAGCAGCUGGAGCAGCGAAUGUGCGUAUUGUUGGUGGGGGUACUCGUGGGAGAGUGGAGGUGAUGUGGUUGGGGCAGUGGGGUACGGUGUGUGACGACAGCUUCGACACGGUGGAUGGGACGGUGCUCUGCAAGACGCUGGGGUACCAAAGAGCCUCUGCAGUCUUCACGGCAAGCCCCGGAGUGGGUAAGAUCUGGUUGGAUGACCUGCGCUGCACAGGCACAGAGGCCAGUGUGUUUGACUGCCCCCACAACGGCAUGGGCAUCAACAAUUGUCAACACAAUGAGGACGCUGGGGUGCAGUGUGUGUGAGUGUGUCCUGGAUCCAAAAGAGAGACUCCUGGACUCCAUCAAAAAGACUGGAGGAGAGAUGCAUAGAGAGAGAGACACACACACACACACACACACACACACACACACACACACACACACACACACACACACACACACACUUGAUGCAUCUACUUUGUCUCAUCUUAUUAAAACAACAUUAAUAGGCAUUUCAAUAAACAUGGCAUUUAACUAACAUGAAGCUAACUUAUAAUAAUAUAAUAGUACCCUGGAUGAAAGUUUAUACAGAAAACAACAUGAAUAGGCAUUUCAAUAAACAUGGCAUUUAACUAACAUGAAGCUAACUUAUAAUAAUAUAAUAGUACCCUGGAAGAAAGUUUAUACAGAAAACAACUGAAUGGCAUUUUGUAAACCAGUUUCAUCAGUUUGAAGUAAAACAGUGAAAAAUCAGACAAAA